AUGGUUAUCGUCUCCUACAGGAAAAGAGGCCGCAUCCUGGCGGCUGCGCCGGUGCGGCGUAACGCCCAACUCCGGCAAAGCGCCGGGUCCCCCCACUCGGCUCCCCCUGCGGUACCACCUUGGGCCACAACGCACGUAGCCCCAGGCAGCUGCUCACCGCGGCAGCCGCCCCCCCUGGGCAGCUCCCCCCGCGGCCCCUCGCGCAAUCACCCGCAUCGGGUUAGCCGGCCUUGCGCGGUGCUACAGCCGUACACCUCCCUGCCUGGCUACAGCCGCUUCCAGUUUCGCUGCAGCGGCGGCGGCGGUGGCUGUUUGAGCUGCGGGCCUGGAAGCCUGCGCCUGGGCGGCAAUGGUGGCGGCGGUGGCAGCCACAGCCGCGGCCCCCGCGUGGUGUGUCGUGCGGGCGUGUUGGAGGGGUUCUCGGGCGUGUCCAACCUCAUGGCCCCUGAGUUCGCCACCGUCUUCUCCGCCAUCAUCGCCAUCACCUCCGUCAGCAUCAACCUGUACGGCGGACUGCUGACGGAGAAGCGCCGAGCGGAGCUAGCCAGAGAGGUGGAAAGGGAGCGGCAGGUGAUGGCCGCGCAGGACGAGGAGCGCUCUGUGGUCGCCCGCUACCGGGGGCCCCUCCUGGAGGCGACGGUGGACCUGGAGGCCCGGCUGUACCACAUCGCCACACUGACCGGGGAGUGGCGGCGGGGGGAUGUGGUGUGCGAGGAGGAGGUGGUGUACACGCUCUUCACGCUGGCGCAGGCGCUGUAUUGUUUGGGGUUACCCGGCAUUCCUGCCCCUCUUCGCGCCUUGUACGGCAGGUACGAGCAAGGGGACGAGCGAGAGCACCCCGGCUGCCGCUCCCGGGCGAUGAUGCUGCGAGGCACCCCCGCGCUGCCUGACGACUGGUCCGACAUGUCGUACGGCGGCGAUGUCCUUGAGCGCGAGCGGCCGCCGCCCCCGCCGCCGUCUGCCUGGCCGAGAUCAGUUGCUGUUGCCGCGGGCCCGCGGGGCGGCGGCGGAGGAGGCUUCACUGUGUCGUACGGCCGGGGGCCGCCUGGUCCAGUGGCGGGGCCACCGCCCUGGAGCGUCGGGGAGCCGUAUGGGGCGGUGCCCCCUCCGACCAAGCCGGUGCUACUGCCGAACCGUACGGACACAGCGGCUGUAGCGCGCAGCGGCGGCUCGUGGCCGGCGGCCGGGCCGGCAGCGGGCUCCGAGCUCGUGAUCGGCAGCUUGGACGAGGACGAUCUGGCGGCAGCUGGGCUGGGGUUGCCUGAUCUGGACAUUGGGAAGCUCGAACUCGAACUCGACGAACAGUCCCCGGCCGGCAGGGACAGCAGCGGCGGUGUCGGCGGGGGCUCCGCCGUCGCCACAACAAGUACGGCGCUGCCACUAGGCGGCAGCGCCUGGGACGCCUCCGCGUCCUCCGCCGCCGCCGCCUCCCUGUACUAUUUGGACGACUUCUUCUCCAGCUGGCUACGUCCCGUACAUACGGACAUCCUGGCGCUGGUGGGGGGUCGCGUGUGGGGCGGCCAGGGCCCGUUUCCUCUGAACAGGUGGACGCGGUUGCUACUGCUGCAACAGCUGCUAGUGGAAACUAUUGAACUGCUGGACCCCGCCCACGUGCGGGUACCGGCCAACCGCCGUGUCGUACUGGCACCCGUGCCGUACAAGCAGGCACCGGAGCUGGAAGCUUACAGGACCACCCCGCCCCCCUCCCACCGCCCUCCCUCUCCCUGCGCGGCCCCUCUUCCGUAA